GGAAAUGUACUAAAUCAGCAGGGGAUAAAAAAAAAAAGGUCCUUGCUUUAAAUGGAAACUGAUUUUUGAUGAGAAACAUUAAUUAAUGAGCCUGCAACAUAUUAAACUGAAACCACUCAGUUUGAAAAGCAAAAACAUUUUAACUUCAACAAAGAAUUCUACAAAAAAUGACAAUGUCAACAAAGCGUAUAGGGAGGACUGGCAUUCAUCUCUGAUUACCUGCUAACAGUAUGAUGAAAAAGGAGAGGACAGGAGCACUAAGGGGGAGUGUAAAGUACAUUAGUACCAUAUGUGUAAAUAUGUUACUCUUGUUUUUUGUUACCAACUGUAAUAAUGGAUUCUGCUCUGCAGUAUCCGCACAGAGCUUUACUGACAUCACCAACCGCUUGAUGUACACAGUCUUUCUUUUACUUUUUGCAAUGCUUGGACCACUUUGUUGGGGGCAUCGUUUGUUGAAAUGUAUCUAGAGCUAUGUCAUCAAUGAUUAUUCAUCACCACGGUGGUAAGUGUCAUCGCUUGGAAUUAUAACGCGGGAUAGAUCAUGUUGGGAUUUAUGGUAGACCGAAUUACAAUACAGCACUUAUAUUGUGAGGCUGUGUGCAGACACUAAAUUUAAGGAGUAGCGACCAUAAGUCGCUGGUCGGAUUUUCCUAACAAGACGCCAUAUUUUUUAAAACAAGCCCAAAAAACAGUCCCCGACUCGUGAUCAUUUCAAAUAAGCGGACUUGGCAAGUUUGGCUACAACCCCGUUAUGUAAUAUAUCCUUGAUUAUAUGAGGGCGGCCUAUUUGGAGCAGCCUGUACUGGACAAUGCUCUGCUUUACGCAUGCGCUAUUUGCAAGUCUGCUCGCUAUCUACUGAGGAUUACAUUUGAAGUACCUAGGCUAACUAAGAAGCUUGGAACACGUCGGUCACCAUCUGUUUAUCCUCCCGUGUUGGCUUUGCGUGAAUAGGGUUACCUAAUAUUAACAGUCCAAUCACUCGCGAACUCUACAAAAAUCCGUCCAAACGCAAUUUUGUACUAUACAACCCUCUGUACAUCGACCCGCCCCCAUUUUUUAAAAAAAAUAGCCAAAUUGGGCCGGAAAUCACCCCCUCGGGCGACCCUGCGUGAGUUAAGCUUAAAGCAUUAGCCGUAGAGGCGUGUCUAUAGAAAAUAACGUUUAAUUUCGAGGCGUGUCACGACCAUCAAGGCACUGUUUUCUCAUUGGCUUCAGUCAGUCACCGAUGGAGAUUGUCAUUGUUAAUGUAUCAACAAACCAAACCAAGCCAACGAGAUCCGGGUGGGUUUGGGUGCUAUCAACGACAAUAACGAAUGAAGGUUCGCCUACCUGGGAGAGACGUACUUAAUGAUAUGUCUUAGCCUCAGGAGGCUAUAUUUUUAGACCAGGAAAUAAAUAUGACGGGUGAGACUGAAAAUAUUUGAUAACUUGAGUAGUCAACGCGCUGUUUGCAGUAAUGGAGUUGAGUUUUCUAUUUUCUGCUUGUCUUUUUACGCUUCUUGCUAUUUUCCUGGUGACCGCGUUGUUUUUUAACAACAAUACUUCGGCUUUUUCCUCGUCUUCUGGCUCUACUCCCUCAAAAUCGGAUCACACACCUGAGGGCUCGUUGUCGCAGUACAGGAGAAAGGAGGUGAACGCGGGAUUAGUUAAAUCCGGGCAGUCGGUUCAUCUUAAAGAAAAUCUGGGGAAUGCUGGAUUUACCUCUGUUCACAAAUCGAACGAAAGGCACACAGAAAAUCGAUCCGUGAGGAUGAUAACGGAUCCGGUGCUAGCGUACCGAGACACCGUUUCAGAGGGGCGGGACGCUGCAGAAGUCAAGACCUGUGGUGUGCACGAGGAUAAGCUGUCUGUCAAACAGUGUUUGACAAUUAACCCAGCCUCAGCGCCGGUGGACAUUCCAGUCAGAGAUGUUGGUCACCUUCAGUUCCCAGAGGGGCCGUCAUUUCUGUGUCCUUUCUCAUACGAACAGACACUUGCCACCACGGAAAUACCUGAGGACAGCAACAAUAUGAAGGAAGUGGACAUAGAUAGUGGGCCUCUAAAAUAUGUUCCUGGAAUGCUGCGGACUAGCCAAUUGGAGAAGAUGAUGACCAAAGAGGAGCUGGAGGAGGAACAAAGGGUUCAACGUGAACAGCUGGCAGCCAUCUUCCAACUGUUAAAGGAGAAUCAAGAGACGUUUGGUGAUGUGUCAGAGGGAGACAUGGAGGAGCAGCUCAGACUUUACAACAUCUGAAGCCCCUACUCAUACUCUACGACAAUUGUACUCAUACUUUACUCCAGCUGUCUACACACAAUCUGAACCCCUACAACACUGACACUUCACUAGCUCUACUUAGACUCUACUUUAACUCUACGCCAUCUGACCCACUAUUCUACUCACACUGUACUACAGCUCUUCUUACAGUCUACUAUGACAUUACUCAGUCUAGAUUCACUUGGACUUUACUCCAGGGGUUCCUAACUUUAAGCCUGAGGACCCAGAGUACUGCUAGAUUUGUAUUUUACCUGGUAGUUAAUUGUAUACACCUUGUCCUUGCCGUCUAGUAUUAAAGCAAGCCGUACUCUGGGUCCCAUUUAAAUCCAACAAUCUGCUAUAUUAGUGCAUUGACAAUCAACAUAUGAAGGUGUGUUUACAUGUUCCCUUGGUUGGUCAAGUCUGAUUUUAAGUCACACCUUUUUAAAUCCAUCACAAUCUUUUCCCACCCUUUUCUAUGCCACAGGUGUUCUCUAUAUUCACAUUAGAUACUACUGUAUGCUGUUUGUUACUUUUUUGUUGCCAUUCAAAGCAAUAAACAGUGUUUAAGAAUGUU